AUGAGGACCAGCCUCCUGCUUGUGUUCCUUUGGGGGUUAUCCUGUGCUCUCCCAGUGGCAAGAUAUCAAAAUACUGAAUCUGAGAGCUCUGAAGAAUGGAAAAGUCAUUUGGCUCAGUCACCAACACCACCCAUGGAGAACAGUGAGUCAUCAGAAGAAAGUAAAGUUAGCUCAGAGGAACAGGCAAAUGAUGAUCCCAGUGACAGCACUGAGACAGAGGAGCACCUGGAUUCUGAUGAUACCCAGUAUAUUUAUAGACCAGCUAGUGGCCUCUCUAGGAGUGCAGGAGCAGAAGGAAAUGAUAAAGAAGAUGAUGAAGAUGACAGUGGAGAUGACACCUUUGGUGAUGAGGACGAUGGCCCGGUGCCUGCAGAAGGUCAAGAAGGACUCUCCAGACUUGACAGUGAUGAGGAUUCUUCUGACACUGCACAAUCCACUGAAGACAGUGCCUUACAGGAAGAUAGCAGCCAAGAUACCACCAGUGAGAACAGGGACCUCGACAGUGAAGAAGAGGAGGAGCAUAGGCCUCAGAGAGGUGACUCUACUUGGGACAGCGAGAGUGAGGAACACUGGGUGGGAAGCAGCAGUGAGGGGGAGAGUAGCCACGGGGAUGGUUCUGAGUUCGAUGAUGAAGGAAUGCAGAGUGAUGACCCGGACAGCACCAGGAGUGAGAGAAGCCACUCCAGGAUGAGCACUGCAGAUGUCAGAUCAAAAGCAUCAAAAGGGGAUAGUGAACAGGUGAGCACUCAGGAUUCAGGGAAAAGUCACUCAGUGGAGUAUCCCAGCAAGAAGUUUUUCAAAAAGUCCCGCAUCUCUGAGGAAGAUGGCAGAAGUGAGCUUGCUGAGAGCCAAGCAACAGAAGAAGUCCAGAGUGACUCCAUGGACAAUACCGACUCUGAAGAAGCUGGCCUUACCCAAUCCAGAGAGGACAGCAAGAAUGAGUCUCAGGAGGACAGUAAAGAGAGUCAGUCCCAGGAAGACAGUCGAGAUGUGCAGGAUCCCAGUAGUGAGUCCAGCCAAGAAGAUGACCUGCUAUCUCAGGAAAGCAGCAGUGAAUCUCAGGAAGAGGUGACUAGUGAGUCCAGGGGUGAUAAUCCGGACAACACCAGUCAGACAGGAGUCAGCGACUCCAGUGAAGAAGACAGCUUGAAUACACUCUCCAGUUCAGAAAGUGAAUCCAGAGAGGAGCAAGCUGACAGCGAGUCCAAUGAGAGCUUCAAAUCCUCAGAGGAAAGCCCAGAGUCUAGCGAGGAUGACAACAGUUCCAGCCAAGAGGGCCUCCAGUCUCAGGAUGCCUCAGCAGAGAGCCAGAGUCAAGAUAGCCGGUCUGAGGAAGAGGCUGACAGUGAUUCUCAGGACAGCAGCAGAUCAAAAGAAGAUAGCAACUCCAUGGAGAGUACAUCCAGCAGCGAGGAAGAUGGCCCGCCAAAAAAUUUGGAGGUCGACAGCAGAAAACUAACAAUUGAUGCUUAUCACAACAAACCCAUUGGAGACCAAGAUGAUAAUGACUGCCAAGAUGGCUACUAG